AUGGGGGACGUCCAUGAAGCGCCGCGGAAACGCAUCGCCACCGCUCACCUAGCACAGCACAUCGGGCAGCCUGUCUGCUUCGUGGGCCGCGUUGAGAAGAUUCAUCCGAAUGGGAAGCUUUUCGUGCUUUCGGAUGGAGAAGGGAAACAUACGACUGUGGAGCUGAGCGAACCUCUAGAUGAAGAGAUCUCAGGAGUUAUCGAAGUAGUAGGAAGAGUAACAAAUCAGGCAACCAUCAUGUGCAUGUCAUAUGUCCAGUUCAGAGAAGACAAGAGCCCAUUUGAUCUGGAACUCUACAAUGAAGCAAUAAAAAUUAUUCAUGAAUUCCAUGACUAUUUCCCCUUUGGCACUGAGAAGAACAAUUGAUUUUUCUUAGCAUACAUUUAGAGGUUCAGGGGGGACAACAGCACUGUAACUUUCUUGGCUGGCAAC